ACCGGAUCCCGCAGCAGCAGCGGCAGGAUCCCGCAGGCUGCUGCUUCAGUGCGCAGAUUUGGUUUCCAGUCGCGUGCGUCCUGUGCGCGCGGGGAUGCGCAGCAGACGAUCAGCUGAGCAGCGGAGGGCAGAGCCGUUCAGCGGGAGUUGCUGCGGGGAUUGUGCUUUCACAUGCCUCCCCAGGAGCCGCGCGGUGGACCUGCGUUUGCGGAGGGGAUGCUGGAGACGGUCGCUGCUCGAAAAUGAACGCAGACUGCACAAAGCCUUCGGUUGCUCCCAAGCCAAGAAUUGUUUGUCACGACAACCUGAAGCCGCCCUCCUCUCCUGCGUCAACAAGUCGUCUCAAACCCUCUAUCGCUCCAAAACCCAAAGCCUCAGUGCUGUUAAAUGGCAACCAGGAAAGCAUUCGUAAUGGCAUUGUGCCUUUUGUACAAGAUGAUGUUGAUGACAGGCACGAUAAAAGGUCUUGUGAAAGAAUUAGAGAUACAUCUUCCUCAAAGAAAGUCCUGAAGGCUGGUAUCUUCAGAUCUCCACUAACACACUUAGUGACUGUGACAAAGGUACCCCUGGAUGAAGACGUGACAGAGGAGGAGAAAGAAGAGGACAAUUUACUUCAAGAAAUAAUUGAAGAAUGGAGAUUAAGUGACAAUGCUCUGACAGAUGAAGCUGACUCCCUGGAAACACUGUGGCUCAGUGAGGCCAGGCUCACAGCUGACUCUGAGGAGACAGAGGGAACAAUCGACACCAAAGCCGAGGAGGACACAGAUGCUGAAGCUUUUGAUGCAGGUGAAGCUCUGGCUGACACUGAAGGCCUCUCAGUGGAAGACCUGUCUGUCGGUAGUGCUGAGGAGGAGGCGUGCCAACAUCCCUGCAAAGAUCCAGAGGAAAAGCAAAGAUGGCUACAGCUCAGAGAGAGUGGAAGUUCAGCAGAAGGUCUUUCUAGACUGGACCAUUGUCCCCUUGUUGAGGACAAUAUAGGGAAUGCAGAUGCUGAGUGUGUAAUAGAGGAGAAAGAGGAAGAGUUAGGUCAUGAUUGUAGUUUCACUUGUACCAUCCUGAAGUUGAGAUGUGGCCAGAAGACAAAGGAAAAGGUUCAAGGCCAGCAGGACACCUGCUCUAAUGACUUUAGAGGAGAUGACCACAAGCAGGUUUGUGAGACGGUGAUGGAGAGUGGAGGAGAUCAUGAGCCCUUUUACAUUUCUACUGAAGACAAUAUGAGCAGAGAGUUGAGACCAGAGGAUGAACUCACAGAAAACAGUUUUUCCACCGUGAACAGCAGCUUAGUGCUGAAUGGCAAAUGUGAGGAGACAGCAGAAAAUGAAAAAAAGGAUUACUUGGGCUUUGGUGACCGUGGGAAGCAUGGUGUGAGGACAGCUCAGAAGAAGUUGUUUGAUCAAUCCGAAGAUGCCAAGUUUGAUGUAUUUGGAAACAAACUAAACAAUUUGGGCUGCCGGCCGAGUUUCCGACAGAAAUCUGUGCUGACAGAGGCAGGCACUUUGCUGACUUCUUCUCUGUCAGAAAGCCAACUUCUUUCACCAAACAUCAGUGUUUUUGAAGAUAAAGAUGCUCACAUUGCGCCCUUUCUGGAUGAAACAACUGAUAUGGAACUGGACAGCAACGAGCGUCUUUACGAAGGCUUUGCUUCAUUGGCUCAAACGGUUUUUCCUUUUACCAGCAAGGCCACUGGGAUUCCCUCACCCUCUCUGUCACAGCGGAACACAAACCCCAUGGGGGAUACGGGAGCCCUGCUUUUCCAGAAGUCUUACAAAAGUGGACUCCGACCACCAUCAAAAAGCUCCAGCCCCAUGUUAAAUUCAACGCGGCACAAGGGCUUAACAAAACCUAACUAUCUGUCCUUGUACUCGCGCUCCCUCUCUUUGGAGGGGCAGGACGCACAUCUGCAUGUCCACAGGGACGGAUCUCCCAGACAAAGAGGUGCCUUGUACUCGUCAGACAGCUUCUCUAGGAGCUCACCCCAGUCCUCCAGUGCCCUGUCCACACCCACAUCUCUGGUAGAUAUUCCUCCUCCGUUUGAGCUGGCCUACAUCACCAAGAAGCCCAUUACAAAAAGUUCUCCCUCACUUCUCACAGUGGGAGACUCCACAGAGAAACACAGGAAAAAGAAAUCCUCCAUUAAACGUUUCCUGAUGCUCAAGUUUGGUUGGAAAACAGAAAACAAGCACACGACAGAAGAAAAAAAGCCUUCAGCUGAUUCCAGCCAUCGCUGUUCAAGUAGACUGCUGGAGUUUGACAGGCACAGCCUUAGUGGUUCUCCAAAGUUCAACUCAAGGCCGCCUAGCAAGCCUCUGGUUUCACCUGAGCCCGCCUCUUCCUUUUUGUUCUACCAGGAGAGCAGGAGGAAAGGGAAUUCUGUGGCCUUCCUGAAUCGCAGCGUGGUCCGGGUGGAAUCCUUCGAGGACCGAUCCCGCGUGCCUUUCACCCCCCUCCCCCUGACCAAGCCCCGCUCCAUCUCCUUCCCCAACGCAGAUACCUCAGAUUAUGAGAAUGUUCCUCCCAUCAGCUCGGACUACGAGAACGUUCAGGUGCCUCACUGGAGGGCUGCUCGGAUGGCACCCCGCGCAGACUUCUUUGAGCGUCCCUUUCGGGCCUCGUCUUCCGCUAAUGAGACGGAUGGUUACGUGGACAUGAGCAGCCUGCCAGGGUUUGAGAAGAAAACCCAGUCAGCUAAACAGGAAAGUGAAAGCACCUACACGGAUGAAUACAUGUGUCCUGUGGUCGCUGGUUCAAAGAUUGAUCCAGUAAGUGAUGACCAAAGAGAUCUGGUGGGUGAAGAAGACCAAGGGCGCACCUCUGGGGAGGACGAUGGUGGGAUGGACAACAAUUAUGAUAGACAGCCUGAUGGUCAGUCCAGAGCUUUCUAUGUUGUCAUGGAUCUUGUGGAAACGGAAAGAGUACACGUGAAUUCUCUCAAGAUGCUCCAAGAAGACUUCAGGGACGCGGUGGGCUUAGCGGUCGGGGAUGAAGGGCAGCCUGUUCUGGAUGACGGGAGACUUGGGGAGAUUCUCAAUGAGUUGCCUGAUGUUUACACUCUACACCGCAAAAUCCUCAGCGAGCUGGAAUAUCGAAUCCGGCACUGGGAGGAGUGGCAGAGGAUUGCUGACAUAUUUCUGUCCAGAAAAGCGGAGUUCUUGGUCUUCACCACUUACAUUGGCCACUAUGAUCGAAGCAUGAGUCUACUUGAGAACAGCUGCCAAACGUCACCUGCAUUUGCAGCCAUCGUUCAAAAGUUUGAGGAACAGAGUUCAGCUGUUAGUCUUAAACAGCAGCUACUGCAGGUCAUUGUUCGGGUGGCUCGGUAUCGGAUGCUCCUCACUGAUUACCUGAAUAAUCUUUCACCCGAUUCUAGGGAAUAUGAAGACACCCAAGCUGCAGUUGGAAUCGUUUCUGACAUUGCAGAUCAGAUCAAUGACAACAUAAAACAUGGGGAGAAUCUGCUGCGUCUGAUCAACAUAGCGCACAGUGUUCAUGGCCAGCGGGAUCUGCUUCAUCCUGACAGGGUUUUUGUUAAGGAAGGCACACUGAUGAAGGUCAGCAGAAAAAGUCGCCAACCUCGUCAUUUGUUUUUGAUGAACGAUGUGCUGCUCUACACCUACCCUCAGCAGAAUGGAAAAUACAGACUGAAGAACACUCUGUCCCUCACCGGGCUCAAGGUCAGUAAACCCACCAUUGACAAUGCCCCAAAUGCGUUAAAGAUAGAGGGAACGGACAUCUCCAUCAUUUUGUCUGCCAGUUCAUUCCUGGAAAGAGAAGACUGGUUUUACACUCUAAACAGAACUGUGACUGAACACACUAGAGGCUCUGCUUUCAACAGCUGCUCAGGAGAGUCCAGAGAUGGCCUUAAACUGCUCCUCGGAGAGAAAGCCCCCACACUUGUCCCGGUCUCACAAGUGAUGAUGUGCAUGAACUGCACUGCAGACUUCAGCCUCACUCUUCGCAGACACCACUGCCACGGCUGUGGAAGAAUUGUUUGUCGAAGCUGCUCAAGGAACAGAUAUCCCCUGAAAUACAUGAAGGACCGCAUGGCCAAAGUGUGUGAUCACUGUUACAGCGAGCUAAAGAAAAGAGGAGGAGAGAUAUGUGAGCUGUCAGGCAGCAGCAGCCCUCGGAUGCACCGCCUCAGUCGACCGCUCUCCACUGUGUUCCACAAUAUUCAUCCUCAUAAUAUUUGGAGAAACCGAAAAGGCAUAAUAUCAUUCACCCAGGUGACGGUGUCGGAGGAAGGCUCCAUCAGUGGGACUUUACAGCGGAGCAAGAAGAGCAAGAAGAACUGGAAGAGACUGUGGUUCCUCCUAAAAGACAAAGUGCUUUACACGUACCGAGCCCAAGAGGAGAGGAUUGCCUCAGAAAGUCUCCCUCUGCUGGGUUUCACGGUGAAGCUGUCUGACAAAUAUGCAGGAGAGGAGGAGACGAACGUCUUCCAGCUUUACCACAAAGACACUCUGUUUUACUCCUUCAAAGCGGAGGAUAACUUUACAGCCCAAAGGUGGGUCAACGCCAUGGAGGAAGCCACCAAUUUAUAGAUGCAGCCGCUCUGAUGCCUUUCUCCUCUGAUGAACUCCCAAAUGACUGUGAAACUGCAGUGUAUAGAAGUGGAACAAAGGCGGUUUUGUUUUGUUAUGUCUGCAUGUUGCAACUUGACAAAGUGUGUUGAGAUUAGGAAAACACCAUCUUCCAUGAGAGAGAACACGAUCAUCUACAUAGCCUGCUGUCAACAGCAGGUGUGAUACUGAGAGCCACGAGUGGAGAAGGUCCUGUUGGUGUGGAACAUCACUCCGCAAUGUCCCGCACCCCACCAGCACCUGUUUUAUAUCAGUACUUCUUAGAUCUUAGAUCUUGUUACACAUGAGUUUUUCAGAAGACAGACAAUAAAAUCGGCCUAUUUUUUGAUCAAGCUGCUUAAAUAGGCGAUGCAUGGUUUUUCUUUGACUACUGACAUGCUGCUGAGAAAAGGAGCUAACCUGUCAGACUCACAAAGGAUCAAACCUGGAGCAGCCUCAUAUUUAGUCUGUUAGCCAUGCCUUAAUGUUUUAAAGUGCUCUUUUUACUGCAUUUUUCAAUUAUCUUUAUAACAAGCAUGUGGAAGUACACACCAGCUCAAGAGAAGAAUGUAAACACGAUGCCGUCAGUGAAUCAAUCGUUUGUUUUGCACGGAUUUAGAUAUAGAACGAGAGAGAUUUAAAAAUGAACGUUGUACUUUUUCAUAUAUGCAGACCAAAAGCUUCAGCCGAUGCAAAGAAUUGGCGAUCUUUUGGGAAACUGUGGGCAUUUUAAUUUAAUUUUUUACAAUAAGUGCAAAGUAAAUGUAUAUUUGUGUAAAAGAUUAUUGAUCAGUGUAACCACAAAGACAGGAGUCUCUGCUCUGAGCAACAUCAUCAGUGAUUUUGUAUUUGUACAUGGAGAUUUAUGUGUAUUUACAUGGAUAUAAAAGUGGCUGCAGUGAUGGAA